AUGUGGUUCUCAGAUAAAGAUGCCACGGUGAAGGCUGAAUGUACUCCUGAUGGUUAUAAGCUGUAUGACUAUGUAGAUCUAGCCAUAAUGGCGGAGGUACAGCUUUGCUCACUCGCUCAAAUAUCAUUGUUAAGCAGGUUGAUGCUUCUAUGUAGUGCUCUUUUGAACUUUCUGAAUGGAUUUUAAUCAGUGGAUCCUCUCGCAUACGGGCUUGCCAUCGUCAAUAGACCUCCUUACUCCACAAAGCAUCCUGUAACAAUUUCUUCCUUUGUUUCCGAAUUCUCCCAGUACCUUGAAUCGUUUGGCUUAUGCACAGAGCCCAUUUUGUUAUGCAGUGACUUUAACAUUCAAGUUGACGUCCAGGAUAAUCCCAAUGUCGAAUCAUUUUUGGAUCUAAUUGAUUUUUUGGGACUUGUUCAACAUGUGCACUUUGUAACUCAUGUUCAAGGUCAUACACUGGAUCUAGUUAUAACCAGAAAAAAUGGACAGUAUCAUUCAAGACACACCGAUUUCAAGCUCUUUUUUGUCUGA